AUGGCUGGUUUGACACGACUCAUCUUUGCCGUGGCACUGUUCUGCAUCUCUUCCGUUGCUUGUCUGGGGACUGCUUUCAUCGACAACCAGUGUGAUGUCGACGUCUUUGUUUGGAGUGUCGCAAACGUCCCUAACGACACAAUUAAUUAUCUGGAGCCAAAUGGUGGUUACUACUAUGAGACUUAUCGAAUGAACCCGGACCCCCUCGGAGGCAUCUCAUUAAAAAUUGCCACAGUCCCCGAUGACCUCUUCAUUACCCAGUUCGAGUAUACCUACCACCCUGACAAUCCGAGAGUCUAUUACGACAUCUCGAAUAUUAAUGGGUAUCCAUUCGAAACUUGGGGCCUCUAUCUCUCACCAUCUUCUGGAGACUGCUCUAACAUCACCUGCGACCCCGGUGUGGCCAUCUGCCCAAACGCUUUCAAUCAACCAAACGAUAACUUUGCCAUACAAAACUGUGAUGUGUCGGUCGACUUGACUCUGACAUUGUGUCCUCCUCAAACCGUCACCAGCGUCUCAGAAAGUCCUCCAACGGCUAUACCGACUAUAAACUCAGAAUCUAUACCCACGACCGCGAUAGCCACAGAUUCCGAAAGCUCUCCUAUAACUGUGGCAACUACAAGCUCGGAUGGCUCUCCUACGACUGCGGUGGCUACAGGCUCAGAAGGGCCCCCAGAGACCGUAACAUUUACAAACUUACAAACCUCCUUGUUUACGACCAUAGAGACUAUAAGCUCGGAAACUACUGUCGAGCCUAAAACGCUCUCAUUACCGUUCGGAGGAGUUAUUCCAACUACACUGACGACGGUGAUCGGGCCAAUAGCAACUACAAUAACGGGGACAACCACUCUCACAUCAGUCUCCACAGAAACGAUAGAGACUACUGUGGUGACCAUAACUACAGGGAAUUCGGUGACCGUUGGGGUCCUACUGACGCAGACAACAGACUCCGCCGGCGAGCUUACCGCAAGUAUUGACGGAUAG